AGCUUGUUCCACAAGAACCGUCGGAAGCGAUUUAUGUUAUCGGAGAAUCUCUUUUCUUUCAUAGCCACCACACUACUAUCAGAUCUGGAUAACGCUCAAUAUAGCACCCCAGUCACUGCUCGGAAAUCACCCGCGAUUGCCAAUGAUUUACUAAAACCAACGGAAAAAGUACAUUAUUGCUACUGUUUGGGCACGGCACAUGCUAGCCAUACAUACUCCCAAGCGGCUGUCUCUCCGUAUCCGAGAGGAUUAGAUCAGUUGAAUUCUGAGAGCCCGACUAUUUGCUACUUUCUAAUUGUUAAUCCCUCUUUCCUCCUUCUUAAUGGUCUAAAUCCGCAUUUGGUAAAUCACUGCUUACAUUGACCCUGUCGAUGGCGAUUCUCCGGUGCUGAGUGUGAGUGACCUACUGACAGCCUAACCUGACAGCCGGACACUUUUUUUUCUUUUCCCCCUAACUGCUUUUCUUAUUCCUCUGAGAUAUAAAAAUCAAUUCUAAAAAUAUGCUUAUUUGUUACAAUGCUGACUUGUCUCUUUUCUUACUCAGUUCCUCCUCUAUUCUCUAGCUCCCUCUCCUUGCCACACUACUCUCGAUCGCGCGGAGUGGAUG